UCCAGGCAGGAACUCAAGAGACUCCACACGCAGCUCUUGGCUCCGGACCCUCUCUUACUGGCAGGAUGGCAGCUCCUCUCUCCGUAGGCAGACACGAGCCUCUCCCAGGAUCCGUGCAUUACACCCAACAGAGGGUCAAGGAGCGUGGCCAGUGGGAUAGUAAAACGGAGUUCAUUCUAACUGUGGCUGGUGCUAUUAUUGGACUUGGAAAUAUAUGGAGGUUUCCAUAUCUUUGUUACAAAAAUGGUGGGGGUGCCUUCUUCAUCCCGUAUAUCCUGUACCUGGUGACCUGUGGCAUCCCUCUGUUCAUCCUGGAGACGGCUCUUGGACAGUACACCAGCCAGGGGGGCAUCACCUGCUGGAGGAAGAUCUGCCCGCUGUUUGAAGGAUUGGGCUACGCCGCCCAGGUGAUCACUAUAUAUGGAUGUAUGACCUACAUUGUGAUCCUGGCCUGGGCUUUCCACUACCUGUUUUCAUCCUUCACUUUUGACCUGCCAUGGGCCAACUGUAAUAAUGACUGGAACACAGAUGCUUGUGUCACAUUUGGUACCAAUAAUGUAACCAGCAAUUGGACUGUUCCUCUCCUGAAUACGUCAUCUUCAGUUGUAGAGUUUUGGCAGCGGAGAGUGCUGCGGAUAUCAGAUGGAAUAGAAUCACUUGGAGGCAUUAGAUGGGAGCUGGCUCUGUGCCUUCUGCUGUCCUGGGCCAUCUGCUACUUCUGUAUCUGGAAAGGAGUGAGGUCUACAGGAAAGGCAGCGUGCUUCACGGCAACGUUCCCCUAUGUCAUGCUACUGGUGCUAUUCGUCCGAGGAGUGACCCUACCUGGAGCUAUAGAUGGCAUCUUCUACUACAUGUAUCCCAAUGCUACACGGCUUGCUGAUCCACAGGUUUGGGUGGAUGCAGGAACCCAGGUAUUUUUUUCUUACGCCAUAUGCCUGGGAUACCUGACUUCUCUCGGAAGCUACAACAAAUACAACAACAACUGUUACAAAGACUCCUUCUACCUGUGCUUGUUGAACAGUGGGACCAGCUUCCUGUCUGGUUUUGCUAUUUUUUCCAUCCUGGGUUAUAUGGCUGGAGAACAGGGUGUGGACAUAUCUAUGGUAGCUGAGUCAGGUCCUGGCCUGGUGUUCAUAGUGUACCCGCAGGCAGUGUCCCUGCUCCCCUGUCCUCAGUUCUGGGCCGUGUGUUUCUUCACCAUGAUCAUCCUGUUAGGAUUGGACAGCCAGUUUGUCGGCCUUGAGAGCCUUAUGACCUCGGUAACGGAUGUCUACCCCAACGUCCUCAGAAAGGGCCACCGGAGGGAGCUACUGCUGCUGCUAAUCUGCUGUUGCUGCUGCCUGGUCGGACUCAUCAUGGUCACAGAGGGUGGCCUCUACAUCAUACAGCUGUUUGAUCAUUAUGUGUGCAGUGGUGCCACUCUGCUACUCCUCUCCAUAUGCCAGUCUUUCAGUAUUGGAUGGAUAUAUGGUGCUGAACGUUUCUGUGACAACAUUGAGGAUAUGAUUGGCUACAGGCCCUCCUCUCUGGUGAAGUACUGUUGGCUAUACAUCACUCCUACUAUGUGCACAGGAACCUUUGUGUUCUCGCUGCUGAAGUACAGCCCUCUGAAGUUCAACAACACCUAUGUGUACCCGUGGUGGGCUUACGGGCUGGGCUGGUUCCUGGCUAUGUCCUCCCUCUCUCUCAUUCCCAUCACCAUGGUCUACAAACUGUACCGAGGACAAGGGACAUUCUGGCAUCGCCUCCAGGCAAUCUGUCGGCCAGCAGAUGACCUUCCCAGGAUCAGGGCUGGGAUGUAAUCGGGGUUGGGAUGUUACCUGUAAUCCGUUACAAGUAAAGGAUUACACAACCUGUAACUGUAAUAAUUUACUGUUACCAGCACAACCGUGCUGAGGGUGCUGCAGAAACCCCCCGAAUAAAAAAUAAAUAUUACCAGUCAAAGUGUGGACACACCUACUCAUUCAAGGGUUGUUCCUUAUUUUUACUAUUUUCUAAACUGUAGAAUUAUAGUGAAGGCUGGGUCUGGGUCUUUCUUUCCUGUGGUGGUCCUCAUGAGAGCCAGUUAAAUCAAAGCGAUUGAUAAGGAUUGACUGGACUUGAACAAACCUUCAUAUUUCUUGAAAUGUGACUGACCUUCAUGUCUUAAAGUAAUGGAAUGUAAUGAUUUUGAGCUUUUCUUGCCAUAAUUUGAACACGGUCUUUUACCAAAUAGGGUGAUCUUCUGUAUACCACUCUUAAUAUGGCACAGCACAACUAAUUGGCUCAAACGCAUUAAGAAGGAAAGACAUUCCACAAAUUAACCUUUAACAAGGCACACCAGUUAAUUGAAACGCAUUCCAGGUGACUAUCUUAUGAAGGUUGUUGAGAGAAUGCCAAGAGUGUGCAAAGCUGUCAUUAAGGCAAAGGGUGGCUGCUUUGAAGAACCUCAGAAAGAAAAUAUAUUUUGAUUCGUUUAACACUUUUUUGGUUACUACUUGAUUCUAUGUGUUAUUUCAUAGUUUUGAUGUCGUCACUAUUAUUUUACAAUGUUGAAUAAUAGUACAAAUAAAGAAAUACAAUGUUAUGAGUAGCUGUGUCUAAACUUUUGACUGGUACUGUAUAUUAUUCAAAAAUGGACAAAAGUAGUACACUGGGCCUAAACCAGUCCUGUAUUAGCGGACUGAUAUAGCCAUCUGUAGUCUGCACUUUUAUUUCUUCUAACGCCAUGUAGGCCUAUUGGUAUCAAAAUAAACACACUGAACAACUUGCUAUUUAGAGAAUUUCACCAAUUUUGUCCUAAAAAACAAUAACAAUUAUAGGCUACAUAGCAAAUGUGGAUUGUUAUCCAGUGACAGAAUGGUAAUUGAGAUAAUGUAAAUCAUUAAUGAGUAUUUAGUCUGGUUAAAUGUAAAAACAAUCUUACUGUAGGCCUACUUCAUUAUCGCCCUUUGCUUAUAUACGUAAACCCUACCUGAACCUAACUGCCUCUGGUAUGAUGCAUUUCUACUGUCACGCCCUGGUCGAAAUAUAUUAUGUUUAUCUUCAUUUAUUUGGUCAGGCCAGGGUGUGACAUGGGUUAUUGUGGUGUGUUUUUGUCUUGGGGUUCUGUGGGGUGUCUAGCAUAGUCUAUGGCUGCCUGAGGCGGUUCUCAAUCUGAGUCAGGUGAUUAUCAUUGUCUCUGAUUGGGAACCAUAUAUAGGCAGCCAUAUUCGUUGAGUGUUUCGUGGGUGAUUGUUCCGGUCUCUGUGUUUAUGUUCACCAGAUAGGCUGUAUAGUUUUUCACGUUCCGUCUGUUGUUUUGUACAUUCAGUUAUUUCAUGUCUAGUCGUAUUUUCAUUAAUAAACAUGAGU